AUGCAGCACCAACCAAAUCUCUUGGAACUUGGAUUGGCAAGAUUACAGCUUUUCAAAGCGAUAUGUCUUCCAACUAUCAAGCAACAGACCAAUCAGCAAUUUUUAUGGAUCAUCCGAACGGAUCCUGAAAUACAUCCGACCUUGAAGGAGAAUCUUUUAGAGGAUCUUCAAGAUCUACCCAACGUCGCUCUUGUAGGUUCCAACGAGAUUAAGAAAGGUUCUCUGGACGACGGAUUUCGAGGUGGAGAUGCUAUCAAAGACAUUACAACCUCCUCUCUUUUCCUUGGGAAUAUGGACCUAGUUCAAUCAUAUCAUCUGAGUGCCCGAAAGAACACGGUCUUGGAGACAAACCUGGAUGCUGAUGAUGGCUUUGGCCUGAACUUUGUCGAGACUGCGCAAAGGGUGACCGAAUCGAAGUUUCGAAAGAAUAAAAGGAAGACAGCAUGGCUCAACCUGUGUGUUGGUCGCCAUCUAGAGUGGCAAUACUUCGCCCCAUGGGAUAAUACUACAGACAGGGGAUCUCUGAACCUAGGUAGCACACAUAUAUGUGUUACCGCUGGCUUGAGUUGGGCUACCAUGGCGAACGCAGAGCCAGACUUCACUGAGGCUCAUCACCUGAUCAAACAGGAGACCAAGGAAUGUAAGAAUGUGAAACGAAAACAUUUGGGGUGCUGGGAUGAAUUACCUGAUAGCGAACUGUUGGUGAUCCGUGCUCGCACGCCUACUUCAACUGGAAUGGCCCGAGUUUUAACACCAGAAUCGGAGUGGACGCAGGAUCAAGUUGAUGCUCACAGCGGGCUAUGGCCAAUGCUUCCAACCUCAUUUGGGAUUUCGACGGCAGACAUCAUAACAUCCCACAAAUACCUGACAGAUCAUAUGGAAGAUAUCGUGGGAGAUAACCUGAGAGGUCAAUGCCAAAAAGACCAUUCCUGCUCGGAAGGAAUCAAGAAGAAACUCAAGAAGAUCAUAUACAAGGAUCGCAUGUGGAAAAACAAGCAUGAUGUUGUUCAUGUAAUCCAAACUUCAAUCGAUUCGUUGCUGAGUGCGAAUGUUCUCCGGCAAUUCAGUUUUGAUUCUUUGGAGGCACAGACGUCGUACGAGUUUCUAUGGAUAAUUCGGGUGAAAGAGGUAUCAGAUUCACAGGAAUUGAAUGAUUUUUUAACCAGCAAAAUUGUGGGCAAAAGUCCGCUGAACAUACUUGUGGUACAGUCUGAUCAGACAUCAACAGUCAACUUUCGAGUUCCACAGGCAAUGGUCGGCAUUUCGGAGGAAACCUUGCUAUAUGGGGAGAUGGAUAUCCUUGAGGCCUUUCACGAAGCGGCGCAAGAUCGAACUCUGGUAGAAACAUUCCUGGAACCGCACGAUGCUCUCAGCAAAUCCUUUGUGGAAGAAAUACAAGAAUCAACUGUGAUGCAACUAGAGACAAGCCAAAUGAUGGACGAUAAGAAUGUGUGGUACUACCGAUGCACCUCCAAGUUUAUUGAAUGGAACUACUUCACUCCAGAAGGGUACGAUAACGAUGCAGGAUUUCUGAGUCUCGGAGGAUCAGACGGCAUUCAAUGCGUCGAAAACCCAGGUGUGACUAGAAUAAGUCGUCCCGGAGCAGAAAUUCCAUACUCGGGUGAUGCAAAUCAAAUCUCAGAAUGUCAUACUUUGGUGCUCCUUCAAAUCAAUAGCGGGUGCUAUGCGCCCAUGUUUUCAAACGAAACUUUGACGGCACGAGCAAUAAUUCCUGAAUCAGUAGAAAAGCCAGUACCGAGACAGGUAGAAGCAAGCGAUUUAGAGGUCCUGGGUGAAGAAGACAAGCACCUGCGGAGCGUGCUUCGAGAUUCCAUUAACAUACAUCCCUCUGCGGUUGAGACAAUGCGCUCAUACAUCAAGAAAAAUCAAUGCAGCGAUAGUCGGACGUGCAAUGUCGAAUGGGAUAGUGAGCAUGGGGUAACGCAAGUGAUCCAGACUUCACUGAAUGAUGAGUCACUGUUUCUUUAUUGGCGGUACUUUUGCUUGUCGCUGGAAGCUCAAAGUACAAAUAAGUUCUUGUGGAUUAUCCGCGUAUCUCUGGAUUCAGUCCUGAUGGAGAAGUUGAUGACAGUGAUUCGGAACAUUCCAUUGAACGUGAUCGUGGUGAAGUCAGCUGUCAGUCCCGAUGUGUCCUUCCGACAUGUGGAAGCUAUCAAGGAUAUUCGAAAUGAAACGCUGGCGUACGGGGACAUGACAUUGUUGGAAUACUUUCAUCUCAGUGCGCAACGUCAGCCGCUUCUGGAGACAUUCUUGAGACCCACCGAGGGCCUUUCGAAGCAAUUCGUUGCAAAAUUGCAAGAGUCAGCAGCUGCUAAAGCCAAGAAUAAUACUGGCGUAAGCAAUCAAGAUUCCUGGUAUUACCGUUGCGCAUCCCAAGUUGUGGAAUGGCGAGUAAUUGCGUCAGAAGAUCCUCUGUUUGAAGCCGGAAAAGCGAGCCGUGCAAACGAUGACACCGAAGCGUGCAUGAAUCGUCCAGGAACUACGAGAAUAAGUCUUCCUGGAGCGGAUAUUCCAUCUGGGGAUCGGAAACGUACUGUUGAUCGAGCAUGCAGUGGAUCGAUUGGUUUGUUUCGAAGCGGUUGCUCGGCGCCCAUAAAGCAGGGGAUAAGGGCAGCCCGGGUCGUAACAACAGCACAAACAGAGGAACAGCAGCCGGAAGUUGUCAACGCAACUGCUUAUUUGGAGGAGCAGAAAGGGUGGUAUGAUUUCCUUGGGGAAGAUUUUGGUAUCUAUCGGAUGUCGCUAUUGCAAUUGGUUUCCAAAACCAGAAGGAAAGCAUUGUCAUCUGCACCAGCCAUGUGGCAGAAUCAGAGGAAUAUUGUCCAUGUUGUCUACAGUCGUUUUAUGCAACAACAAGGAUCUCUAAUGGAACUAGGGGUAGCGCGACUGAAUCUAAUGAAGGCACUUUGCGUUCCAACGGUGUUCGAACAGACAAACAGCGACUUUCUGUGGGUCGUUCGUACCGACCCAGAACUGCUUCCCUCACUGAAGGAAGGCCUGAUUGACGUGCUGAAAGGGAUUCCUAAUGUUGUUUUAGUUGCAUCUGACGUUGCCGUCGACGGGUUCAGCGACGGUAGUUUCCGCAAAGACAGUGCGAUGGGCGAGUUCAGAAAAGAAUCAUUGUUGCUUGGAGACUUGAACCUGCUUCGUUCAUACCACGAGGCUUCAAAGAGUAAUACACUUGUAGAAACAAACCUGGAUACUGAUGAUGGCAUUGCUUUGAACUUUGUGGAAAGUGUUCAGGCACAUGUGCAUUCUCUGUUUGAUGUGGACCGAGACCAGGAUGGUUGGCUGCAAAUCUGCAUAAGCCGUCACAUGGAAUGGCAUGUUUACUCGCCUUGGGAAAAGCGGUCUGACAGAGGUUGCAUGUUGCCUGGGAAGGGCCGAUCGUGCAUUAAAUCUGGAUUAAGCUGGGCGACGCAACCGAAAUCGACGCCCGAAUUCUCGAAAGAGGUGCAUAACUUGAAAGAGUAUGUAGCCAGUUGUUAUGUUGGUAAUUCAACCGAAAAUUCGCUUUUCAAGGGAUGUUGGGUCAACGUGCAAAGGCAGGACCCUGAAAAUGAUGUCGUAGCGAUCAGGUCGAUGACACCGGCUUCAUCCGGUUUGGCGAAAGGAACGAUCUCGUCCUUUGAUUGGAGCAUCAAAUCUUUGCUCUUUGACAAGAGUGCUUGGUCGCUUUUGGAUCCGUACUUUUCGAUUCGACCAGCGGAAGUCAAAGAGCUCCGAAAGUACUUGGUUGACAAUCAGGAACAAGUGAAUACAGACAAUGAACGAAGCAAGUGCACCCACGAGAAGACAUGUGCUGGAAAGUGGAAGAAUAAACACAAAGUUGUUCAUGUUAUCCUUACGGAUGUGCAAGAUCCAAAUUUUUCCGAUCCGUGGCAUCGUGUGAGUUUGUCAUCACUCACAAGACAGUCCACGUAUGAGUUCCUCUGGAUCAUACGCGUUGCAGACUUCACGGACUCUCGAAUUAUUGAAACUAUACUGCGGCCCAUGGAAGAAAGUCCAUUCAAGGACAAAAUAAUGGUCGUGAACUCGUCUAGUUUCUCCUUCGAGUCUUUCCGUUCGCCUCAAGCCAUUGCUGAUAUUUCUGAGAGCAGUCUCCUUCAUGGAAAUGUGAGCAUAAUACAUGAUUACCAUCAAGCUUCGCAGACCAGACCACUUCUGGAAACCUAUUUGCAGGCAACUGAGGGGCUGACAAGAACAUAUGUCGAUGAGAUACAAGUAUCUGCAUCUUCAUGGGGUCGAGAGAACGAUGCGAAUGACGGAGACACACGUAUGUGGUACUAUCAAUGCGUCCCAGAGUAUAUGGAAGCCAAUUACAGACACCCCCGUGGUGAUUUUGUUGAAAACGUUUUUCUUCGGACUAUUGGACUCAACGAAAGUAGGUGUGUGGAUCGUCCAGGCACAACAAGGGUCAGUCUACCGGGCAGCAAGAUUGGCGUUGACACAAGUUUGCAGGAUGCGCAAGAGUGCAGCCAUUACAAUAACACACCAAGGAUUGGGUGUUUCGUUCAAGUGGAGGCGCUCAAAACGCUAGCCCUACGCUUGUGUCUGCCGAAUCAAGUCCAACAAGCCACGUCACUGAGUGAAAGCGAGAUAGUUGCUCUUGAAAAGCAGCAAAUGCGAUUUGUGAUGCAGUUACGGCUUCAGUACAGCGUCUUUCCCCCAACGCUGACAACAAUGAAUCGGCUUAUUGCCGACAACUCGCGUCAAAGUAUCCAUGUUAUACAUACGUGGAUUCAAGACCAACAGUCCAUUCUAACGUGGCGUAUGCUUAGCAUUGAUACUCUUGUCAAGCAGGACGACCAAAAUUUCCUUUGGAUCAUACGCACAAACAUCACCGACGUAGAUGUUAUCAAGGGCAUAUCGUUUCCGAUUAGGUUCAAUUACAAUGAGCCAGACAACAUAUUCUUAGUGCGAUCAAAUAGGAAGACGACGGGGAUCGAUUUCCGCAGGCCCGAAGCCCUAGCCGAUGUGACGGAAGAAACACUUGUGCGUGGAAAGCUCAAGAAUUUACGAAAUCAACAAAAGGCGGCACAAGGUCGAACGGUUAUAGAGACAUAUCUCAGUCCAACUGAUGGUCUAAACACCGGAUUUGUGAGGCAAAUACAGGACUCUGUCUCAUCUGUUAUGCGUUCCAGCAAUUGGGUUGGACAUAAGACUAGAAUCGGCGAUAUGACGAAUGAGAAAGAGUCUUGGUAUUUCCAAUGCGCCGACAAACAUCUGGAAUGGACUUUCUUUUCACCACAAGGUGACACGCGAAAGACUGGAUACCUUAGCAUGCGCAGAGCAACGACAAACGCGUGCGUGUCUAAUCCAGGGGCGAGUAGAGUCAGUUUUCCUGGUUCCGAAGUAUCGUAUGAAAUGAACUUUUCUGGCAUCAAAAGCUGUACUGCCUUUCACACCAACGGUUGCUCUGUCCCAUUUUCUUCGAAACAUGUAAUGGCAGCACGUGCAGUGAUUCCAGAUUCGGUCGAAAACGCACCACUGCCGGCCAGUCCUGGAAACACGGGAAAGAAAAUACCAGAUCAGAACGAACUCUUGGAUGUAAUGUUUACUGAGUUUGGUAUGGGACCGAAUGGGUUCGAAAUCUUGCGAACCGAAAUGCACAAGUUGCAAUGCAGCGAGGAGGGUGGGUGUUUGGGUCGAUGGGAGUCACCGUUUGGGGUGACGCACGUGAUGUACACAUCGCUGCGGGAUCUACUGACAACCGCAGUGUGGAGACAAUUCACCUUUGCGCUUGAGCAACAAACCAACAACAAGUUUUUGUAUAUCAUUCGAGUAUCACCAGACAAAGAUAUUCUCAAGGAAGUUAUCAAGCCGUGCAUCAAGACCCCCUUGAAUAUUAUCGUUGCCAAGUCGACAAACGACCCAUCCAUGGAUUAUGACUUUCGUCAACCAGAAGCCAUUGCAGAUUUGAAUGCCAACACAAUAGUCACGCUGAAUGGUGAGGAACCAGAAAUGCUGAAGCACUUUCACGAGAGUGCUCAAAAUAGCACCCUUGUGGAGACAUUUUUACAACCCGGUGAUGCGCUGAAAAGCACCUUUGCAAUGGAAAUUCAAGAUUUUACCGCCACGCACAUCAAGAAGCGACAAACCCCUAGCGUGUACUAUCAAUGUUCUCCGACUCACUGGGAAUGGAACUACUACACUCCUGACGGGCACGACAUGGACCACGGUUCCCUCGAGAUCGUCAAUGCGAGCACGUCCCAGUGUAUGGACCGUCCUGGCAAGACAAGGAUCAGUUUACCAGGUGCACAAAUAGACGCUUCCUUCCCCGGUCCAUCGAAACUUUGUACGGAAUCCUCAAUCGAGCAUGAAUGUUACUUGCCUAUGAAAUUCUCUGAUCAAAAAUAUGUACCGUACGGAGCACGAGUCGUUGUCCCAGAGUUUUUGAAGGACGAGUCAUCCUCCUUACCGCAUCCACAUGAUGACAUUACGACUGCCAAUCACAUUCAACGUCAAAUGCAGGCUUUCAAGCAAGCUUUCUCUGUGAAACCGCUUCCUUUGAAACACAUGAAACAAAAGAUCAAAAAUCUUUUGGAAAAGGAAUUCAACGCUCUGGAGAAGAAAUCGAAACGCCAAUUACGAUAA